AUGAGUACAAUCUCAUCUUCAUCAUAUAUUCAAGAUAAAGAUUUACAAUCUCAACAAAUUUAUAAUUAUGAUGAAGUUCCUGAAAAUAAAUCUUGGGCCUCUACUUUACCAAUUCAAAAAGGGUUAUAUAAUCCUGAGUUAGAAAAAGAUGCUUGUGGUGUUGGUUUCACUUGUCAUUUAAAAGGUUUACCUUCUCAUAAAAUUGUAUCAGAUGCUAAAAAUUUGUUAUGUAACAUGACUCAUAGAGGUGGUGAAUUAAAUCCAAAAGAUGGUGAUGGUGCUGGUUUAUUAUCAUCAAUUCCUCAUGAAUUUUUGAAGAGAGAAUUUAAAUAUUUAUUUAACAUUGAUAUACCUUUAAAAUUACAAUAUGGUACAGGUAAUAUUUUCUUUAAAAAAGACGAAACUGUUUUUGAAAAAUCAAAAAAGACUUUUGAAAAUAUUGCUGAUUCAUUAGAUUUAAAAGUUUUAGGUUGGAGAAAAGUUCCUCAUGAUUCUUCUAUUUUAGGUCCUGCGGCUUUGUCAAGAGAACCUUUAAUUUUACAACCUUUAAUUAUAUUAAAAAAUUUACAAGACAAAGAAAUUUCUGAUGAAGAUUUUAUAAAUACUUAUGAAAAAGAUUUCACUAAAAAAUUAUUUAUAUUAAGAAAACAAUCUUCUCAUACUAUUGGUUUACAUAAUUGGUUUUAUAUUUGUUCUUUAAGUAAUAAAACUAUUGUUUAUAAAGGUCAAUUGGCUCCAAAUCAAGUUUAUGCUUAUUAUCAUGAUUUAGUUAAUGCUGAUUAUCAAUCCCAUUUUGCUUUAGUUCAUUCGAGAUUUUCAACAAAUACAUUUCCAUCUUGGGAUAGAGCUCAACCUUUAAGAUUAGCUGCUCAUAAUGGUGAAAUUAAUACUUUAAGAGGUAAUAAAAAUUGGAUGAGAGCAAAAGAAGGUGUUAUGAAAUCAAAAUUAUUUGGUGAUGAAAUGGAUAAAUUAUUUCCAAUUAUAGAAGAAGGUGGUAGUGAUUCUGCUGCUUUUGAUAAUGUUUUAGAAUUAUUAGUUACAAAUGGUGUUGUUUCAUUACCUGAAGCUGUUAUGAUGAUGAUUCCUGAAGCAUGGCAAAAUGAUGAUCAAAUUGAUCCUAAAAAAAAGGCAUUUUAUGAAUGGGCUGCUUGUUUAAUGGAACCUUGGGAUGGUCCUGCUUUAUUUACAUUUGCUGAUGAUAGAUAUUGUGGUGCUAAUUUAGAUAGAAAUGGUUUAAGACCUUGUAGAUAUUAUGUUACAAAUGAUGAUAGAAUUAUAUGUGCAUCAGAAGUUGGUGUUAUCGAAAUUGAACCUGAAAAAGUUUUACAAAAAGGUAGAUUACAACCUGGUAGAAUGUUAUUAGUUGAUACUAAAGAAGGUAGAAUUGUUGAUGAUAAAGAAUUGAAAAAUAAAGUUGCAUCAAGAUUUGAUUUUAAAGCUUGGGUUUUAGCUAAUAUGAUUAGUCUUAAUGAUUUGAUUGAAAAAUUACAACAAAGACAAAUUGAAUUAAAUCAUGUUGAAAAAGUUGUUGAUAAAGAAAUUUCAAUUCAAUCUGAUCCAAAAUUAAUAGCUUCUGGUUAUUCACAUGAACAAGUUUUAUUUGUUUUAGGUCCAAUGGCUGAAGGUAAUGAAGCUUUAGGUUCAAUGGGUAAUGAUAAUGCUUUAGCUUGUAUUUCAGAACAACCAAAAUUAUUAUAUGAAUAUUUUAAACAAUUAUUUGCUCAAGUUACUAAUCCACCAAUUGAUCCAAUUAGAGAAAAAAUUGUCAUGUCUUUAGAAUGUUAUAUCGGUCCUCAAGGCAAUUUAUUAGAAAUGAAACCUGAUCAAUUAAAUAGAUUAUUAUUAAAAUCUCCAAUUUUAACAAAUUCAGAAUUAUUAGCUAUUAAAAAUAUUGAAAAAGUCUAUCCAAAAUGGUCAGUUGAAAAUAUUGAUAUUACAUUUAAUAAAAUUGAUGGUAUACAGGGUUAUAUUAAUACUAUUGAUAAAAUUUGUCAAGAAGCUUCAAAAGCAAUUGCAAAUGAUUCAAAAAUUAUAAUUUUAAGUGAUAGAAAUACUUGUGCUGAUAGAUUACCAAUUUCUGCAUUGAUUGCAAUUGGUGCUGUUCAUCAUCAUUUAGUUAGACAAAAACAACGUUCUAAAGUUGCAUUAAUUGUUGAAACUCAAGAAGCUAAAGAAGUUCAUCAUGCUUGUUGUUUAGUUGGUUAUGGUGCAGAUGGUAUUAAUCCAUAUUUAGCUAUUGAUACUUUAAUUAGAAUGAAACAUCAAGGUUUAUUAAAAGAUGAAUCAUUAACUGAAGAAAAAAUUAUCAAUAAUUAUAAAAACGCCAUUGAUGCAGGUAUAUUAAAAGUUAUGUCAAAAAUGGGUAUUUCAACAUUAGCUUCUUAUAAAGGUGCACAAAUUUUUGAAGCUUUAGGUAUUGAUAAUUCUGUUAUUGAUAGAUGUUUUGCUGGUACGGCAUCUAGAAUAAAAGGUGUUACUUUUGAAUAUAUUGCACAAGAUGCUUUUACGUUACAUGAAAGAGGUUAUCCCUCAAGAGAAACUAUUAAACCAAUUGGGUUACCUGAAACUGGUGAAUACCAUUGGAGAGAUGGUGGUGAUGCUCAUAUUAAUGAUCCUGCUGCAAUUGCUUCAUUACAAGAUGCAGUUAAAAAUAAAAAUGAAAGAGCUUAUGAAGCUUAUGUUAAAAAGGAAAAUGAAGCUGUUAGAAAUUGUACAUUACGUGGUUUAUUAGAUUUUGAAUUUGAGUCAUCAAAAUCAGUACCAGUUGAUCAAGUUGAACCUUGGACUGAAAUUGUUCGUAGAUUUUUUACAGGUGCAAUGUCAUAUGGUUCUAUUUCAAUGGAAGCUCAUUCAACUUUAGCUGUUGCAAUGAAUAGAUUAGGUGGUAAAUCAAAUACUGGUGAAGGUGGUGAAGAUGCUGCAAGAUCACAAGUUUCAGAAAAUGGUGAUACAAUGAGAUCUGCAAUUAAGCAAGUUGCUUCAGGUAGAUUUGGUGUUACAUCAUAUUAUUUAGCAGAUGCUGAUGAAUUACAAAUUAAAAUGGCUCAAGGUGCAAAACCUGGUGAAGGUGGUGAAUUACCAGGUCAUAAAGUUUCGAAAGAAAUUGGUAAAACAAGACAUUCAACAGCAGGUGUUGGUUUAAUUUCUCCACCACCUCAUCAUGAUAUUUAUUCAAUAGAAGAUUUGAAACAAUUAUUAUAUGAUUUGAAAUGUGCUAAUCCAAGAGCAAGGACUUCAGUUAAAUUGGUUUCUGAAGUUGGUGUUGGUAUAGUUGCAGCUGGUGUUGCGAAAGCUGGUUCUGAAAAUAUUUUAGUUUCUGGUGGUGAUGGUGGUACAGGUGCUGCCAAAUUAACAUCUAUUAAAUAUGCUGGUUUACCAUGGGAAUUAGGUUUAGCUGAAUCUCAUCAAACUUUAGUUUUAAAUGAUUUAAGAGGUAGAGUUAUUUUACAAACUGAUGGUCAAUUAAGAACCGGUAGAGAUAUUGCAAUUGCAUGUUUAUUAGGUGCUGAAGAAUGGGGAUUUGCAACUACUCCAUUAAUUGCUAUGGGUUGUAUUUAUAUGAGAAAAUGUCAUACUGGUGCAUGUCCAGUUGGUAUUGCAACUCAAGAUCCUGAAUUGAGAAAAAAAUUUGAAGGUACUCCAGAGCAUGUUAUUAAUUUCUUUUAUUAUUUAGCUAAUGAUUUAAGAAAUAUUAUGGCUAAAUUAGGUUUUAGAACUAUCAAUGAAAUGGUUGGUAGAACUGAAAAAUUAAAAGUUAGAGAAGAUUUUAGAAAUACUAAAAAUGCAAAUAUUGAUUUAUCACCAAUUUUAACACCAGCCCAUACUAUUAGACCAGGUGUUGCAACUCAUUGUGUUAGAAAACAAGAUCAUAGAUUACAUGUUAGAGUUGAUAAUAAAUUAAUUGAUGAAUCAGAAAUGACUUUAGCUAAAGGUUUGCCAGUUACUAUUGAUUGUGAAGUUGUAAAUACAGAUAGGUCUUUAGGUACUACAUUAUCUUAUAGAGUUUCAAAAAUAUUUGGUGAACAAGGAUUACCCCACGAUACAAUUCAUGUUAAUGUUACUGGUUCAGCUGGUCAAUCAUUUGGUGCAUUUUUAGCUUCUGGUGUCACUUUAGAAUUAGAGGGUGAUGCUAAUGAUUAUAUUGGUAAAGGUUUAUCAGGAGGUAGAAUCAUUGCUUAUCCACCAAAAGAAUCAACUUUUAAAGCUGAAGAUCAAAUCAUUGCUGGUAAUACAGCAUUUUUUGGUGCUACCUCGGGUACUGCUUUUAUUAGAGGUAUUGCAGCCGAAAGAUUUGCAGUUAGAAAUUCAGGUGCAAUUAUUGUUACUGAAGGUACUGGGGAUCAUGGUUGUGAAUAUAUGUCAGGUGGUAGAGUUGUUGUUUUAGGUUCAACAGGUAGAAACUUUGCUUCUGGUAUGUGUGGUGGUAUUGCAUAUGUUUUGGAUAUGGCUCAAGAUUUUAGUGAUAAAGUUAAUAAAGCUAAUGUUGAAUUAUCACAAAUUACUGAAACUCAAGAAAUUGCUUUUUUAAGAAAUUUGAUUGAAGAUCAUAGACAUUAUACUGGAUCAGAAGUUGCGGAUAAUAUUCUUAAUGAUUUUAAUAGAUAUUUACCAAGAUUUGUUAAAGUUUUACCAUAUGAUUAUAAAAAAGUUUUGGAAGCUGAAAAAAAAUUAGCUGAAGAAGCUAAAAAGAAAGAAUUGAGUACAUUCCUUAAAUCAAUUAAAGAAGAUCCUGAUUCAGAUGUUACUAAUGGUGAAGCUUACAAAAUUAGAAAAGGUCAUGUACAUAAAAAACAAGAACCAAAAGUUCAAGAUGUUGAGGAUACUAUUUUUGAUACUGAAUUUGAAAAGAAAGCUCCAGUUAAAUUAGAUAAAGUUCGUGGGUUUAUGAAGUAUAAAAGAAGAAAUGAAAAAUAUAGAGAUGCAAAAUUUAGAACUAAAGAUUGGAAUGAAAUGACAUCAAGAUUAACAAAAGAUGAAUUAAAAUAUGAAACUGCAAGAUGUAUGGAUUGUGGUGUUCCAUUUUGUACUUCAGAUACUGGUUGUCCAAUUUCAAAUGUUAUUCCAAAAUGGAAUGAAUUGGUUUUCAAUGAUAGAUGGUUUGAUGCAUUACAAAGAUUAUUAAUGACAAAUAAUUUCCCUGAAUUUACUGGUAGAAUUUGUCCAGCUCCUUGUAAUGGAGCUUGUGUUUUAGGUAUUAAUGAAGACCCUGUUAACAUUAAAUCAGUUGAAUGUGCUAUUAUUGAUUAUGGUUUUGAACAAGGCUGGAUUAAACCAGAACCUCCUAAACAUAGAACUGGUAGAAGUGUUGCAAUUAUUGGUUCAGGUCCAGCAGGUUUAUCUUGUGCUGAUCAAUUAAAUAAAGCGGGUCAUAAAGUUACUGUAUUUGAAAGAAGUGAUAGACCAGGUGGUUUAUUAAUGUAUGGUAUUCCAAAUAUGAAAUUAGAUAAAGGAAUUGUUAAAAGAAGAACUGAUUUAUUACAAGCUGAAGGUAUUGAUUUUGUUGUAAAUACUACCGUUGGUGAAGAUAUAACAGUUAGUGAAUUAAAAGAAUCAUAUGAUGCAGUUAUACUUGCUGUUGGUUCAACAAUUCCAAGAGAUUUAAAAAUACCUGGUAGAGAUUUAAAUAAUAUUGAUUUUGCUAUGAAAUUAUUACAUUCAAAUACCAAAGCUUUAUUAGAAAGUGAUUUAGAAACAAUUAGAAAAACUUUAGAAGGUAAAAAUGUUAUUGUUAUUGGUGGUGGUGAUACUGGUAAUGAUUGUUUAGGUACUGCAACAAGACAUGGAGCUUCAAGUGUUACAAACUUUGAAUUAUUACCAAAUCCCCCAACUUCGAGACCAAAAGAUAAUCCAUGGCCUCAAUGGCCAAGAAUAUUUAGAGUUGAUUAUGGUCAUACUGAAGUUGCCGCUCAUUAUGGUAAAGAUCCAAGAGAAUAUUCAAUUUUAUCAAAAGAAUUUGUUGGUGAUGAUGAAGGUAGUGUUAAAGGUAUUAAAACAGUUAGAGUUGAAUGGAAAAGAUCAGAUUCAGGUGCUUGGCAAAUGGCUGAAGUUCCAGGUAGUGAAGAAUUUUUCCCAGCAGAUGUUGUUUUAUUAUCAAUGGGUUUUAUUGGUCCUGAAAGUGAUAAUUUAGAAGUUCAAAAAACUAAAAGAGGUACUAUUUCAACAAUUGAUCCAAAUGUUUAUAAAGUUAAUCAUGAUGAUAAUUUAUUUGCUACUGGUGAUUGUAGAAGAGGUCAAUCAUUAGUUGUUUGGGGUAUUCAAGAAGGUAGACAAUGUGCAAGAGAAGUUGAUAAUUAUUUAUCAGGUUCAACUAGACUACCAGGUAAUGGUUCAAUUGAACAAAGAAGUUAUAAAUUAUUAGAGGAAUUAGCUGAAAAGAUAUAA